UUCUGCACGACCUCAGUGACUUUUACUAGUGGGCACAAGUUCGCCUUUAAUAAAUAUCCUUGUUUUACUAACAUCGUUACAUUUCUGGUGGAGGUGCGGGGUAUGAGUCGAAGCCCCACGAACGAAAGUCAGCGUAGCCCCGACAACCCGCGAGUCCAUCCCGUGGAACUGACACCUGUACACCAGCGCACCAGCCGCCGUCUUCGAGGUGACUCACCCGAAUUCGGCCCUCUUCUCUUCUUGCCAAGAGAAACUCCCACAACGGGCGCCGCCACAAUGACUACCCAGGUAACACCGGCACAGCUAGUCGUAAGCCAACCUCGCAAGCCGCCAACAUUCCAUGGUGACUCGUUCGAAGACGUGGAAGAUUGGUUGGAACUGUUCGAGAGAGUGGCGAGCUUUAAUGAAUGGAAUGAAAGACAGAAGCUCCGUAACGUAUAUUUCGCGUUGGAAGACUUCGCAAAAACGUGGCAUGAAAACCACGAACCCUCUUUGACCUCUUGGGAGGAAUUUCGACGACAACUGCUAGCAACGUACGCCAGCACGGAUCGUAAAGAAAAGGCGGAAAUCGCACUUCAAGCCAGGAACCAGCUCACAAACGAGAACGUGGCGAUGUACAUCGAGGACAUGUCCCGCCUGUUCAAGCGUGCUGAUCCCACCAUGAGUGAAGAUAAGAAGCUGCGCCAUCUCAUGCGUGGAGUAAAGCAGGAACUCUUCGCAGUUCUAGUCCGUAACCCACCGCGCACGGUCGCCGAGUUCAGAUGUGAAGCAACGACCAUCGAAAAGACGCUGGAACAGCGGGCUCGGCAAUACAACCGUGAGGCAAGCUGCGCACCUGUCCAUGUCUUCCCUGGAGGCCUGCCAAACGACCUGGAAGCCCUGCGGGAGCUUGUCCGGUCAGUGAUCAGGGAAGAGCUCAACAAGUUGCAGAUACCUCAGGCUCCAGCUGCGCGAUCUAUCGUCGACGUUGUCCGGGACGAACUCAGGAACGUCAUACGGGAUCCAGAGCGUGAGCCACAGCCGACGCGGCGCGCCCCAACGUACGCCGACGUACUCAGGCAACCCGCGGUACACAGUAGUGGAGCAGUUGCGACGACCGUUCCCUACCCGUCGACAGUACGCAGUGCACUCGUCUACUGGAACCACCGGCUGCCUAUCAGCCUUUAGCACGUAGUGCACCUCGUUUUGCGGAACAAAAGCCCCGCAAAAGUGACGUCUGGCGUGACCACGAGCGCAGGCCUCUGUGUUUCCAUUGCGGAGAAGCGGGUCACCUGUAUAGGUUCUGCCCGUACCGUCAAGUUGGGUUAAGGGGUUUUCCCUUAAGCGCACCAUGCCCCCGAAACGGUGAACGGCCAGCGGAGAUCGAAGAAUACUUGUCGACGCGCCAAAGCCCCGUUACUCCUCGCCAACAUCAACCACGGGCACCGUCGCCCAUGCGCUACCGAUCGCCUAGCCCACGCGCGUCUCCAAGAUUGCCUAGGCGUCGUUCACCAAGUCCACACCAGGAAAACUGAAGCAAGCGACCUGUGGAGGAUUGCAGUUCUGGCAAUCGCACCUGCCCACCAGGUUGCCAAUGCAGUCGUUACACACCCGUCGGAAGAAAUGUCGAAAAAUGGUUGUGUGGUCCACGUAAGGUUACCAGGUUGAUAUAGACUGCCAUGUAUGCUUCGUAGCACGUGAUGAAAACGAGAUUCGGGCAUCAUCUUUAAACUACAAUUAGUUAUAAAAAGCAAGGGUGCUGAUCCAGUGUACGUGUUGGAGUCCGCGGAAAGCGAACUUUGAGGAAAAGGGAGAAAUAAAUGCUUUACCACUCAG